AUGGCGAGCACAUCGAGCAAUUUUAGACAGUCAAAUAGCCUUCAUAGGUAGUAAUAACUAGAUAUUAUCUCUCAAAGAAGUUAAAAUUUCGCCAAUAUUGAUUAAAAUGAGGAAACAUUGAAAGUAAUGAAGAAGUGUACUCUGAUUAAAAUCAAAGUCAAAUAACUGCUCAAACAAAUCGACGUUGAAAAGGCAGAUGUGGUGAAUGUGCAAGUAUUUUAUGAUAUUUUGAAGUUGCAUAAUGUGGAUUUCAAGGAUGCAGACAAAAGAAUGAUCAGAUAGAGAUUCGUUCAAAGCAUUAAAGGAUAAGAGAAGAUUAAAUAUAAAGAGGUUAUUGCUAACAUCAGUGUGAAUCUUACAACAGCUGGUGAUCCACUCUAGAAUAACUGGAUUCUAAGAAAUUCAGAUAGUGACGCAGCAUCUAUCAAAAGAUUUAUGGAUAGUGAUUACGGAAGUAUAGCAGAUAAUAUGUCGUAAAUAUCAGGCUACUCUAACAUAAUGAGACACUUUAGCCCAAUAGGAGGGUUAAAACAAAGUAUCAAAUUUAAUAAAACUCAUAAUAAUCCUGAGUCUCCUAUAAAAAAGAUUCUACCCAGUGAGAUAUCGCGAAAGUUAUCAUCUCCAGGCAGUCCAAUUUAGCCAGUAAAAUUAUAGAAAAUAACUGAUAAGACUGCUACUUCUAUGCUAAGAGCGAUUUAAGAUGCUGGAGUCGAUAUCAGGAAACUUGAGGUUUUUAGAAAUAGGCUUUUCUUGAAGACAGAGGUGCCUAUAGAAGAGUUUAAGUCAAUUUUGUCAUUCUCAUUAAAUCUACCCCCAAAAAAGUCUAUUAUAGUUGAUGAAUUCAUUGAAGCAAUAUCUUUGAUUUUCCCCGAAACAUAUGGCUAGAGUUUUUUCCUAAAAUAAAUCAUUGAUGACUUUUUUAAUCUUUGCCACUAUUGGCCUCUCUAAGUUAAAAGAGACUCUAAUCAGUCUCAUAAUAUGUAUAAAGUGAUGAACUCAGCUAAAGCCUAGAAUUUUGAAACUUCUCUUGAGAUGUUCAAAAAUCAUAGAACAACAAUAAACAGCGAUAUCUAUAAGUUGUAUGAACUAAUAUGGGUCAAAAUUCAAGAAAAAUAUGAUAAAAUCAAUCAUGCUUAUAAAUUCUUUGCUGGCCUCUCGACUAACAAAAUAUCAUUCAAUGAUUUCGUAAUUGGACUCGAAAAUUUAAGGUUAAAGCUUACAACAAAAGAGAUUAAUGAUGUUUUUAAUAGCUUAGAUUAGGAUAAAGAUGGAUAUAUUAGCUAUUUAGAGUUUUGUAAUAUGGCAGAGGAGAGAAGAAGAGGUAUUGAUCCUUUUCAUAACGAUCAUUAGUAAAAAGCUUAGGAAUUUUUCACUCAAGUAAGGGAAAAGAAAUCUCAAUCUUUGAACCCAAGGGAAACAGUUAGAGAUACAUAAUACUUCAUGAAUCAUCAUCAUAUACCUCACUUAGAAGAUGAUUAAGAAGGUCCAAUAUCUCUUGAAAAAGAUGCAAUGCUUAACUCGUUUAUUCUCCACAAAAAUAAGAAAGAAAGAGAAAUGAGAAGAAAGAUAAACAUUUCUCAGCCAGAUUGCUUUGGAAAAAUCUCUCAUGUAUCAGACAAUAUUGGUGAUGUUAUUGCCCAUAUUUAUACAAAUUGGGAUAGAGAAAAUGAUUAUGGCAAAACUACUCCUACUAAAUAGUUAAUGAAUGCUUCAAGAAGAAUGAAUAGAACAAUUGAAUACGAGUCAGCGCCAUCUGAUUCACCAGCUCUGGAAAAAAAAGGCAACUUAAAGAAGAAAAUAUUCAAAAACUUUCACACUAAAACAAGUCAACUCAGAGAUUAAUUUGUUGAAUCGAAUGGGAAUAAGAAAUAAACCAUUAAAUUAUGA